CCUAGUGUCCUUCCUGUGUUGAUCCCGCGUCCUCAGUAAAGUCACUCGGAGGCCAUUACCCUGCAACCAUUUUCUUUUCUUUCAUACCUAGAUCAAUAACCAUUUCAAUACAUCCAUAGUCUAUCCCUGCAAGUUGAUUAAGCGCUUGUUGGAUACGUGCAAAUUUAUAGAGCGCGAGGGAAGUGCACCUCUCCACGAAAACCCUUCGGAUAAUUUCGGCUGGAUUCGUGCGCCGCUGUUUUGAAAUGGACGCGACUGAACCGGUGGCGGACGCGUCCGAGAGCGCGUCUGCAGGAGCGGCUGUAGGUUCGGAUACCGAAUCGGAGGCCGAAGUCACUACGAUGACUGUGAUGGGAGACGCGGGAAACAUCGACAUAGCCGAAUCUCUUCCGAACCCGGACGACACCGAAUCGGCGUUUGCGGAGAUCACUGCAGUCACUGUUGGCGAUGUUCAAAGCACAGAUGACACUGUAUUUACAUCCACUGCAGCAUCCAUCCGUGAACACAUGCUCACUGGCAGAACCACACUUCAGAUCGCAGACAGUCUGAGUACACAGAAGGCCACACUGAUCGUAGUGCACACAGAUGGGAGUAUCGUAGACGCCACAGGACUGAAGAGCACCGCAACACCAAUGACACCUGGUCCUCAGACCCCGUCCACUCCUCUGUCGUCAGGACAUGAUAAGGACGUCUCUAAGUAUAACUGGGAUCCGUCAGUUUAUGACAAUGAGCUUCCCGUGCGCUGCAGGAACACCAGCGGUGUUCUCUACAAAAACAGACUGGGCUCAGGAGGCAAAGGGCGCUGCAUCAAACACAACAAUAACUGGUACACUCCGACGGAGUUUGAGGGAAUGUCGGGCAGAGCGAGCAGCAAAGACUGGAAGAGAAGCAUCCGCUAUGCUGGCCGACCUCUACAGUGUCUUAUUCAGGAGCGAAUUCUGGUCCCUCAUGCGGCGUCUUGUACCUGUGCGGCCUGCUGUGAUGAUCUAUCUACAUGUACCAAGGAUGGAUCUUUUGGAGAGGAGAACAUCACCAUGACGGGCCCCGUCAGGCUGUUUGUCCCUUAUAAAAGAAGGAAGAAAGACGGUGAUCGCCCAGCAUCACCUGAGAAGAAGGAAGUUCAGACACCAAAGAACAUCACCCUGGCUCCAGGGGCAACGUUUACAGUGACUCCAUCCGGACAGAUCACCACAUCAGACACACUGACCUUUGACCGAACGGCGACAGGGGAGACCACGGCCAUCAUCUCCGACAGCCCUGCGCCUGCUGACGUUUUCACCAAUACAGCUGUGUUGACCACACUCCCUGCACUGGCGGUGGUCCCUCAGCAGGUGGUGCAGUCUAAACCUCCACCAGUGGGUGCGCUGAUGAACAGGCUGGAGACAGGUGAGCAGCGCUCGUGGAUUUACCUGGAGGAGAUGGCCAACACACUGCUCGGUAACGUCCAACAACUCAAAAUCCUGAUCGCACAAGCCAAACAGGCCAAUCAGAACGGACAGCACACUAUCAGUCCAGAGAAAAACAACAGCGUCCGGAAAGAGUCCUUUCAGAGUCAACUGUCACUCAGUGAAGAAACUGAUGGCAAAAUCACUGAAAUUAUCAUUAAGCACACAUGUAUGAACUGUGGCAGAGAGGCGUUGAGUGAAUGCACGGGUUGCCACAAAGUCCAUUACUGCUCUGGGUUCUGUCAACGGAAGGACUGGAAAGAACAUCAGUUGAGCUGCUGCCAGCCGAGCGUGGCCGUCAGCAUCCAGGAAGAAACUCAGAUAGCCAGUAUGGAAGUGGAGAAAGGGAAGGCGUAGUGCUCCACACCACUGGAUUCCAUCCCCCAUAUUGCACUGUAUGAAGUUUAGAUCGCUGAUUCUUUCCGUUCAUAUGUUUUAGUUUAGCUAUAAAGUCGCAUAGUAGCAGCUUCCUCACCUUGAACAGCACGCUUUGUCAGUGACAACAAUCCUUAAAGGAAAAGUUCACCCAAAAUGAAAAUACUGUCAUCACUUACUCACCCUCAUGUUGUUCCAAACUCGCAUGGCUUUUUUAGUAGAUGUUGCUCUUUUCCACAACAAUGAAAGUGAAUGGCUCCAAAAAAAAAAGAAAAAAGAAAAAGCACAAUUUAAGUAUCACAUGACUCAUGCGCUAUAUUCCAGUUGUUCUGAAGCCAAACGAUACCUUUGUGUGAGGAACAGACUCAAAUUUAAGAAGACUUCAAAAACAGUGCAUGAGCCUUUAGGAAUACUUUUAUGUUUUGAGUUUUUUUUUUUUUUUUUUAAGCCUUUUUAAAGCUUGACAGCCCCUGGUCACAUUAUCAUUUCAUUUUGUGGAAAAGAGCAGCUUGUAGAUUCUUCAAAAUAUCUUAUGUUGUGUUCCUAUUCCUUUAACCGGACAGUGCUAUAAUAUCAGAAACUCAAUCUAAUGAAGGAUUACAUUUUUACAAUAUUUUUGAAACAAAACAGAAAUAAAUGGAAAAAAAAAAAAACUGAGCUUUUGUGCCUCUUUAUUCCAUGGGUUUUGAGGACACACAGACACACACAUUAUCAUGAUAAGCAUUUUUUAAUAGCUAUGGCACACUGCAGAGAUUAGCUGAGCUUUACCCUGUAAGAGCUGUGAACUGUCACACAGCUGACCUCAUCUGAAAUAAUCCAGGUCUGACCGCACUGCAAUGCUAACCUGAACACACACUAGAAAAGGGGAAACGACCUUACCAGCCUACAAAUUCAGAAUUCACUGUUUUCUAUAUGUGUUUCCUAAAAUCUGUUAACGUAAAUGGAUCCUAUCAUACACUAUUUACUACACAUUUUCCACCCUAUGUUCCAUUUCUGGGCCAUUUAUUUUGCAACUGUAACUUUAAGAUCUCGUUAACAUUUUACAAUAAGGUUCGAAUCGUUAAGAUAAGUAAAUGCAUUAGGUAUCAUGAACUUAAAAUGAAUAUUAUAUUUUUGCAGCAUUUAUUAAAGGGAUAGUUCAACCAAAAAUGAUUUACUCACCCCUGUGUUGUUAUAACCCUAUAUGACUUUCUUCUUCUUAACGCUCCUGUGUGUGUUCAUGAUAGGGCAUGUGAGCAACAGUUCACACAGCACCUUUGUGACAUUGGGGUGUUCAAUCAAAAACUCAUUUGUUUAUCUAAAAACAGGUCCUCCACAGCGAUAGCAACAAAAGAACACAACACAGCUGCACACAAAACAGAGAACAGAACUUACUAAACAUGUCUGAAGAGUUUGUAGUUGAAGAAUUGAUGCGUUUCUAUGCCCAGCCUUAUUUUUAUUUUAUUUAUUUUUUUGACGUUUUUGGACCAGUACCAGUUCACAGGGGACAGAGUUACGAUGUUAUUUUAUGAUCGAUAGAAUAUACCGUCUCUCGUCACUGCUGGUUAGGACAAAAAGUCUGAUUACCAUAGAAAAUAUACCUUUUAUCACAUGUCGUUUGCUGUCAGAUU